GUACUGAAGCUGAAACAAAUCUGUCAAUAUUGCUGUGGCUUUUGGUAGCCUCCUUCAAAAUGAAAUGCACUGGUGCAGACCCAACUUUGUGGAACAGAUUUAUGUUUGAUUUGAAUUUUUUUUUGCUAUUCAGUGUAUUGCAGCGCUCUUACGUGAAAAAAAUUGCCAUCACAAAGGCUUCACACCACGGAGACUUGUGACAUUUGUAACUUUGUUCUCCAGAUGCUUAGUUUCUGUAGCAGGAAUAACUAAAAAUAUCAAUAAGUCCUCCAGGGAAGUCUUAUGGCAUUUCCAUUUCUGGACCUUUAGAAAAACAAUCUGAGUGCUCUUCAGACAGGAGUAAAAUAAAUAAAGUGGAUUUUGUGUUGGAGCAUGGGGGUGGAGUACAAUGCUGCAGGGGAUCUGUUCAACCCCCACUUGUCCACAUUAAGGGUUCUGAGCAUUUCUUAAAACUUUGGAGCAGUGGUUUUCAACCCUUCAUGUAAUGGGCUGCUGGUUUGAAGGGCAGGAAAGCUGGAAUGCUGGGGUUGCCACAUGCCCUGCUGAGCAGCUGUAGCUGUUCCCAUCUCCCCAGGUCUGCUGCACGUGCUGCAUGGUGAGCUGUGGGUGUGCUCAGUGUUUCUUUCUGUGCAUGCUUAGCAAUGGGAAGAGAGGGCCUAAAAACCCCUGGAGUGGGUUGGUCUGCAUUGAUGGCACAUGUGCUGUCCACUUCUGACUCCUGGGUUGCCUUUGGGAAAGGAGAUUAAAAAAAGGGGGAUCAGAAGAGGGCUGAGGAAGAUGAAGAUACAAGGAGAAGGCUGGAGCACUCUGUUGAAGUUUCAAACAGGGUCAUGAAAUAAAGAACAGUCUGAUAACGUUAAACAUGAGCCACGUGACUUUGGGGGGUGUGUGUGAUUGCCAUCAGGUCAUUGAAGUGCUGAUUCGGUCUGAGGAAGGACUUUCCAGAGACAUGGUGAAGCACCUCAACAGCAUUGAGGAACAAAUUCUGGAGAGUCUUGCCUGGACUCGGAACUCGGCACUCUGGAAUGCACUCGAGGCAUCAGACAACAAAGUCCCAACCUGUGAAGAAGUAAUAUUUCCCAGUAAUUUUGAAGCCAGCAAUGGAGGAAGUGGGCUUGGGCAUUUGCCUAUGAUGCCAUUAUCUCCCAUAAUUCAUCCUCGAGUAAAAGAGGUUCGAACAGAUCUUGGUGGGAGUUUAAGACGGGACAUGCAGCCCUUGUCUCCAAUCUCAGUUCACGAGCGCUAUAGUUCUCCUGCAGCUGGAAGUGCCAAGAGAAGGCUCUUUGGAGAUGACAGCCCCCGAGAAACACAGAUGGAAAAAAUCUUACCCAAAGGAACUAAGUUGACAAUUGCUCCAGCAUCGAGCAUUGGUGCUGAAAACGUGUCAGUGUCUCCUGGGCAGACAGUGCUGACCAUGACAACCACUACAGGGCUGGGGAAAGUGGGACAGAAGGUCACGAUCCCACUGCACGGUACGAAUUCUUCCUGCUUUUCUAAUAGGUGUUUUCCUUGCUUUUAAGAUCUGCUUAGACCAAUCAUGCACUUGGAGCAUGUAUUGCUUGUUCUCUUUUAAAGAAUGCUGACUUUGUCCAAAAAAAAAAAAAAAAA